CUACGCAGUUGUAUAUCGAAAUCCUGGCGGAUUACUGAAAAAUAUGCCAUGUAAAACUUACCACGGGUGACUAGGCAAAGAGAUUUUAUCGCUCUUUCCCUCAGUGCUGAGGCAUGGCUCUUCUGAUCUUGUGGAUAUAUACCUGUGUGUGUACCUUGGGAAAUUCUAUGGCCAACGAGAAUAUUUAUUCCGAAAACAUAACAAGGAUUUUAGAUAGAUUAUUGGAUGGUUAUGACAACAGACUCCGACCAGGAUUUGGAGGUCCUGUUACAGAAGUCAAAACAGACAUAUAUGUAACCAGCUUUGGUCCAGUUUCUGAUGUUGAGAUGGAAUAUACAAUGGAUGUGUUUUUUCGUCAGACUUGGAUUGAUGAACGACUGAAAUUUGAUGGCCCUACAGAAAUACUGAGAUUGAAUAAUUUAAUGGUCAGUAAAAUCUGGACUCCGGAUACAUUUUUUAGAAAUGGGAAAAAAUCUAUUUCUCACAACAUGACAACCCCGAAUAAACUCUUUAGAAUCAUGCAGAAUGGAACAAUUCUCUAUACAAUGAGACUGACCAUCAAAGCAGAGUGCCCUAUGAGACUGAUGAAUUUUCCUAUGGAUGGACAUGCUUGUCCACUGAAGUUUGGAAGCUAUGCAUAUCCAAAAAGUGAAAUUGUUUAUACCUGGAAAAAAGGACCCCUGUAUUCAGUGGAAGUGCCUGAAGAGUCAUCAAGUCUGCUGCAGUAUGAUCUAAUUGGACAAACAGUUUCAAGUGAAACAAUGAAAUCCAAUACAGGUGAAUAUUCCCAGCAAGUAGUUCUGUUCUAUCUUCGAAGAAAAAUAGGCUACUACAUCAUUCAUACAUACAUUCCAUGCAGCAUGACUGUUGUUCUGUCACAAGUUGUGUUUUGGAUCAACAAAGAAUCAGUCCCAGCAAGGACUGUAGCUGGAAUUACAACUGUCCUAACAAUGACCACCUUAAGCAUCAGUGCUCGACACUCCUUUCCAAAAGUUUCUUAUGCCACAGCCAUGGAUUGGUUCAUCGCUGUAUGCUUUGCCUUUGUCUUCUCUGCGCUUAUUGAAUUUGCUGCUGUUAACUACUUUACCAACCUUCAAACCCAGAAGGCAAUGGUGAAAGUGGUAAAGGAGUCGGUACUGUCUGCAGCGAGAGCACCAGCAGAGGAGGAGAUGGUUUCGCACUCAGACUCCAACUGCAACUUAAAAAAAAGGAUUAACUCAACGGCUUCAUAUGGAAAUCUGUCACUCGAAGACAAUUUACCUACACACGUAUCACCAUAUUAUCAGCAACCCGAUGGUCCCACACCAGGUCUUGCACAAUUAGGAAUUUCAUCGAACCCUCCUGAGGGAACAAGUAAAAUUGACCAAUAUGCUAGAAUCUUAUUUCCAGUAGCAUUUGCCGGGUUCAAUUUAGUAUACUGGGUUGUAUACCUUUCAAAAGAUACUAUGGAGUUAAAUCGCAACAUUUAAACCUAAAAGCAAAACAAAAAGAGGUAGGUACUUAAUCACGUUGUAUAAAACAUAGCUUUGUGUUAACAUUUUAAUGUAUCGGAAAAAACACUAAAUCUAU